UUUUCCCGGCACCCUCCGCACUCAGCGGUGAUUCUUCUCCUGCUUCUGCUUUCCCCUGCGUUCUCCCCUUCGCACCUCUGACCACUGUCUGGAAGCCCUGCGCCUCCCUUUCCCUCCGACUCCCUCUUGACCUGCAGCGGCCUGCGAUGUCUGCGUUCGGUUAGCGCAUCAGAACUGCCCCCCAUGGCUUCGAACAGCCAUGACCGCGGCACCGACGACGAACAUCUUCCUUCCCAGCAAUCAAUUCCCCUGCAGGACCUUUCCGAACCCUUCGACUCGGAUCUCGGCCGGAGAAAUACUGCGGGUGGGGUUGCAAGCCGGCUGAGUCGGUCCUUGACCGGCAGAGGUCGCGCCGGAAACAACUACGAGCGCAUCGCGCAUGAUUCUCCGAUUGACAGGGUGGCCGGGGUGGCCCCGCACCACACGCAUCACCACCACGAUGAGGUCGAGGACGCGGCGAUUGAUGAUCCGGGCGCCUUUGCCCAAGCCAUGUCCUCGGUCGGGCUCAGCUUCGACCCCUCACACCGUGCCUCGCUCACGCCAAUACCUACCCGCGAUGGCUCGAGCAUAGACCUCGACACGGUGCCCUUGGACGGCUCCGAGAACUAUCUUACACACACCGAUACCUACACCGAUACGACCCCGUUGACAAACAUCCGACAUGUCCAGCCCAUGAGUGGCGCCUCGAGCUCCGAAGACAUCCACCGCGAUGACAGCCAUGGUGCGCCAACGACUCAAUUCGCCGCCGCCAGCAAUCCGGAUGCACGGUUGGGCGAUGAUCUGGAGGGUGGCUUCCAAGGCAGACGGCGCGGGUUGAGCAGUCCCAGCGAGCGGUCGCGCUCGCUGUCUCCCUCGGGCCACGGGUCGGCGUUGCAGCGCGCCAGUUCGAUGAUGAAAUCCAUGUCUCAGCGCAUUGUCAAUCUCAGUAACGAACCCGAGGUCGUGGAACAGUCGAUCCUGAGGGAGGAGUCGCAUAAGAAUGCGCGGAUGGAGGAGCCGCCGUCUCUGCCGUCCUUGCCGGACUACGCGCACGAUACACCGUCGCCCCAUACGCCACGCAGCCCGGCUGCUGCUCAUCACGAGAAACUACCUUCGAAUAGCAAGGCGUGGCGCGGGAUCAGCAACCCGCUGAGAGGCAAGGCCCUGGGGAUACUGGGUCCAGAUAACGCUCUCCGAAUGUGGCUGUGCGACAUCUUGGUUCAUCCUUUCACUGAGCCUUUUAUUUUGGUGGUGAUCUUCAUUCAGACAAUCUUACUGACCAUCGAGUCGUCCCGCUCUGUCUGGGAUCACCCACGCGAUGUAAAUUGGGGCAAUAACCCCACGGACUAUGUUUAUCUAGCGAUCUUCAUCAUUUAUACACUCGAAGUCGGCGCCAAAAUCUUGGUGUCUGGUUUAAUUAUCAACCCUGCUGAGUACAGUACAAUCGACCGGUCGAUGGGCCUCCGGAAAGCCGCGAUCGAGAAGGGGAAAAAUUUAAUCAUUCCACAGCGCCAAUUUUCGGUGAGAAAGUCAUCAGUUGCUCCGGAGCAACCGCAGGCCUCGAUUAUACGGACCUUCACAGGAGGAUUGAACCAGCUGGAAAAUCAAUUGCGACACCAAUUGGUGGAUGAUCCGUUGCAGAAGAGUCGGGUGAGACUGGCUCAUCGAGCGUUUCUGCGUCACUCUUUCAAUCGUCUCGAUUUUGUCGCCUUGGUCGCCUACUGGGUUUCCUUCUUCCUCUCGGUAUAUGGAGUUGAGACGCGCCAGCAGCUGUAUGUCUUUAGUAUGCUCAGCUGUCUCCGGAUCCUUCGUCUUCUGGCACUGACGAACGGUACCUCGGUUAUCCUUCGGAGUUUGAAGAAGGCUGCGCCGCUACUGGCGCACGUUGCGUUCCUUAUAGGCUUCUUCUGGCUUCUGUUUGCCAUUGUCGGCAUCCAGAGCUUCAAGUCCAGUUUCCGGAGGACCUGUGUUUGGAUUGGCGUCAAUGGUCAAGACAACUACACGGUGGACGAACAGUUCUGCGGCGGUUACCUCAAUGGAGGUGACAAUAUGCCGUGGCUGCGUGCUGAUGGAAACCCCACCACUUCCAGUCCAAAGGGUUACAUCUGUCCUCAGGGGUCUCUGUGUGUUGAAGGCGACAAUCCUUACAAUGGGACCGUGAGCUUCGACAAUAUCCUCAACUCGCUAGAGCUCGUGUUUGUGAUCAUGACAUCGAAUACUUUCACGGAUCUUCUCUACUACACCACCGACAGUGAUUACCUGGCAGCUUCUCUGUUCUUCGUGUGUGGCCUGGUAAUUCUGAGCUUGUGGAUGGUCAAUUUAUUAGUUGCGGUCAUCACACACUCCUUCCAAGUCAUUCGAGAAGAGAGCAAGCGCAGUGCUUUCGCCGUUCAGAAGAUCGACUCGACGGACAAGGAGGACCCGUCCGCCCGCAAGAUUAGUACCAUCAAACGUAUCUAUGACAAGACAGAAUGGCUCUGGGUCUGCAUCAUUAUCCUGGACCUCGUCGUGCAAGCUCAGCGAAGCGCAUCCAUGGGCGAAGACCGCCGGGCUCUUGUCGACAACACAGAGAUUAUCGUUACCAUCGUUUUCCUUGUGGAGAUCAUCUUACGAUUCGCCUCGGACUGGCGCAAUUUUCAUACCAAAGCGCGGAAUUGGGUUGAUCUGGGACUGGUCAUUAUCACUAGUGUGAUUCAAAUACCUUCCAUCAGAAAUACGCGUGCUUAUGAUGUCCUGACCAUGUUUCAAAUUCUUCGAGUUUACCGAGUAGUGCUCGCAUUCACGGUGACCCGGAACCUGAUCAUGGUGGUCUUCCGCAAUGCUACUGGUUUGCUGAACCUCAUCGUCUUUGUAUUCCUGAUCACGUUCCUUGCAUCUAUCUUCGCGACCCAGCUCUUCCGCGGCCAAAUCCCCGAAGAGGAUGAUAGCGGGGAUUUCAUCUACAUAUCGUUUUCCGAUAUCUACAAUUCGUUUCUCGGGAUGUAUCAGAUCCUGUCCAGCGAGAAUUGGACAGACAUUUUGUACAAUGCCACGACAUACACGGAAGCCUACAAGACAUCUUGGAUUUCAGCCACGUUUUUGACCAUCUGGUUUAUUGUCUCCUGCUUCAUUGUCUUGAACAUGUUCAUCGCUGUGAUUCAGGAAAGCUUUGAUGUGUCGGAAGAUGAGAAACGGCUCCAGCAGGUCAAGUCAUUUCUGGAGCAGAAGCAAAUCAACAUGUCUUCGCAAGGGAACCUGUCUCUCUCGAAAAUUUUGAUGAUGGGCCGGAACUCCGAGCGCUACAAGGAUCCCUUGGAUCAUGGGCCAGCGGCGCUGGAAAUGCUGCUGAAGGAUGCUGUUGUGCAGGAGUUCCUGGACGAGCAGGAGCCGUCGGAAUCUCAACGGAGAGAAAGUGUGCCCUUGGAAACGACGACUACGGCGGAGACAUCGCAGCCCGGCUUCUUUUCGCGCAUCUGGAACAAGUUCGCGACCUCUGUUAUGCGGCGAGAACCCAAUCCGUUCUACUCCAAGUUGAAAUUUUCUCGAGCCUACGAUGAAUUGGACCCAAGGACAAUGGCUCGAGAGGUCGUCUCUGCCGCCGAACAGAGGAAGCGGGCUCAACGCGAAUAUCUGAUGCGGCAUCCGAACUACAACAAGUCGCUGUUUAUGUUCGCGCCGGAUAACGCAGUCCGCAAAUUCUGCCAGCGGAUGGUUGGUCCCGGACGGGGUACCCAGCGAGUGGAAGGUGUCGACCCAUAUAAGCCGGUCUGGUUCACCUUCUCUGCCUUCAUCUAUGCGGCCAUUGUGGCGAUGGUUCUGCUGGCCUGUAUCACUACGCCGAUCUACCAAAGUACUCACUUCCAGAAUAACCGCGACUGGUUCACAUACACGGAUAUGGGCUUCGCGAUUCUGUUCACGAUCGAGGCUCUCAUCAAGGUCAUUGCGGAUGGAUUCUUCUGGACGCCUAAUGCGUACUUUCGAAGCUCCUGGGGGUUUCUUGACGGCAUCGUCUUGAUAACUCUUUGGAUCAGCGUAGGUGGUUCAUUGUAUCAGGACUGGGGUCUGACUCGGGCGAUUGGGGCUUUCAAGGCACUCAGAGCUCUGCGGUUGUUGAAUGUUAGCGACAGUGCUAAGGAUACCUUCCAUUCGGUCAUCAUUGUUGGAGGAUGGAAGGUUAUUGCUGCUGCUGCGGUUUCGAUGAGUUUUCUGAUCCCCUUCGCCAUUUACGGGGUUACUCUCUUUGCCGGACGAAUGGUACAGUGUAACGAUGGCGACAUAUCUGGCAGCCUCGAUGCAUGUAUCGGCGAGUAUAUGAGCUCUCCUUCCAACUGGGAUGUGCUUGCACCUCGCGCCGCAGCCAACCCGUACUACGACUUUGACAAUUUCGGGGACUCCCUCUUCAUUCUGUUCCAGAUUGUCUCCCAAGAAGGGUGGAUCGACGUUCAACAGAGUGCAAUGAGCAUUGUUGGGGUUGGACAGCAGCCUCAGGACUACAUCGCGCCUGAGAACGGGCUGUUCUUCAUCGUCUUCAACUUGCUCGGGGCUGUGUUUGUCUUGACCCUGUUCGUGUCUGUGUUCAUGCGCAACUACACGGAACAGACUGGAGUUGCCUAUCUCACCGCGGAGCAGCGAUCGUGGCUGGAGUUGAGGAAGCUGUUGAGGCAGAUUUCGCCAUCUAAGCGAUCUUUCGACAACAAGAGUAAGCGAUGGAAGAUGUGGUGCUACCGCGUAGCCGUCAAGAAGCACGGCCGGUGGGCGAGGUUUGUCACCGGCAUUCUCACGCUCCAUCUUCUGCUGUUGGUGUUGGAAUUCUACCCCGAGGGCAAUUUGUGGAGUACCAUUCGAGAAGGUUUGUUCUUUGCGUUCAACUUCGUCUACAUUGCGAAUGUGGCGAUCAGGAUGGUUGGCUUGGGCUGGCACCGGUUCAGCAGAAGCUCUUGGGACAUUUACUCAUUGAUCUCGGUGCCUGGAACCUUGAUCACCACAAUCCUGAGCUUCGCGAAUUCGGGCCAUGUAGUCUCGGAGCUGAACAAGCUCUUCCUCGUGUCGAUCACACUACUUAUUAUCCCUCGCAACAAUCAGCUCGACCAACUUUUCAAGACGGCCGCAGCCAGUCUGACGGCCAUUGGAAAUCUUUUGGCCACCUGGUUUGUGCUGUUCCUGGUGUUUGCCAUCGGAAUGAACCAGGCUUUUGGUCUGACCAAGUUCGGGUCGCAGGGAAGCAACAACAUCAACUUCCGCGACAUUCCCCGCUCGCUGAUACUUCUCUUCCGGAUGAGUGCCGGUGAGGGGUGGAACGAGGUCAUGGAAGACUUUGCUACUAUGGUACCGCCCCUAUGUACCUACAGCAGCAACUACUUCGAGGAUGACUGUGGCAGUGCACCGUGGGCUCGCUGUCUCUUCAUCGCGUGGAACAUCAUCAGCAUGUAUCUCUUCGUUUCGUUGUUCACAUCUCUGAUCUUUGAGAGUUUCUCGUACGUGUACCAGAAGAGCAGUGGGCUCUACGCCAUCAGCCGCGAGGAGGUCCGUCGCUUCAAGCAUGCAUGGGCGACGUAUGAUCCAGAUGGAACGGGCUAUAUCACCAAGGAACAGUUCCCGCGGCUGCUGGGCGAGCUGUCCGGGAUCUUCUCCAUGCGGAUCUACGACGGCGAGUUCACGAUCCCACAGAUUCUGGAAGAGUGUCGGGUUGACAAGCGCGACUCGCUUCUGGCGCAUCGGCGAGUGGUCGAGGGGCUUGAUCUGGACAAGAUGUCUCGGAUCCUGCGGCGCAUUCCAGUGGAGCAGAUCCGCAAGCGACGUCAGCAGCUCAACUCAUUCUAUGAGGAGGUGUUGGUGUCUGCGGACCCUGUGCGCGGCAUCUCGUUCCAUUCGUGUCUCAUGAUCCUAGCGCACUACAACGUGAUCAGCGACAGCAAGAGUCUCCGACUGGAGGAAUUCCUGCGCCGCCGGGCCCGUCUGCAGCGUGUGCAGGAGACGAUCCGCCGGCACACGGUCAUCGGGUUCUUCGACACGAUGUACUGGUCGCGGCAAUUCCGCCGCAAGGUGGAGCACAAGAAGUCGGCCCGGAUGAGCGGCGUGCCACAGUUCUCGGUCCCGGAGAUCUUUGUGGAUGACGGAUCGCAGGACGAGCCCGCGGCGGUCGACAUGGCUGUUGCUGAUGCUGCUCCUGCUGCUGCUGCUCCUCCCUCUCCCUCGGAGCGGUUCGUCGGUGAAGAGCCCUUCCAGCCGAUGCUGUCGCCGACGUCGCCCACGCGUCGCGUGGAGGGCGGUGGCGGACCGUCCCGACUGGGCGGGCUGCCUCGGAUCGACACCAGCCUGGGCGGGCGUAUCUCGGCGGCGAACUCGCCGACCGAGUGGUCGAGCAUCAGUCCGUCCCUGUCGCCGCGCCGGGAACGGGCCAACACGACCUCGUCGUACGGCAGCGGGCCGGACGUGCUGGAGGAGAUUCAGAGCGCGACGUCGGAGCGGCCGCCCAACGUCAACGACGUGAUGCAGUCGCUGGGCGACUCCGCCUGGGGCGAGAGUAUCCGCCGUAGUUUUACGCAGCGUCGACGGUCGGGCGAGUAAAUAUGGUGCGAUUUAUUGACUCCGAUCUAUCUAGUCCAUGUGGAGCGUGGAUUAUUCUUGAUUAUCUUUUUGGUAUUUUUGGCAUUUCUGGCAUUCUAGAGCGUUGUGCUUUUUUUUAGCUCUGCAUCUAGACAUUUCUUGUUGAAUUUGGACAGAGAUUUGUUGGAGAUGGGUGAAUUGUACAGUAGAACCAUUU